UCUCAGCCCGGCGAUUGAGCCCAGCAAACUCGAGGCGAGGCUUUUCUCUUCGGCAUGGAUCGUCGACUUCUGGGCGCGGAGGACCUCGUCACCCUCCUCCAGAAACUCCAGUGACAACAGCUUCCCACGGAGCCCCACGACCGGCCCCCCGAGAUGGCGCUCGGCGACUCCGGUGCGUCUAUCACCACCCAAGUCACCGGCGACGAAGUUCCUCUCAUCGCCAGCUUCUUGGCUGUUGCCGUCUACAACGUCAUCGAGCUAAACUUCAUCAUCGCGACCACAUUCAAGAGACGGCAUGGCCUCUACUUCUGGAGCUUCGUCGUCGCCACUUACGGGAUUCUGGUCUACUCGAUCGGAUUCAUCCUCAGGGACUUCGUGCCCCCCGCGAACAUCUACCUCUACGUCACCUUCAUCGUCGUGGGAUGGUGCCCCAUGGUGACAGGGCAGUCCAUGGUGCUCUACUCACGGCUGCACCUCGUCGUUUACAACCAGACCAUUCUCCGGGGCGUUUUGAUCAUGAUCAUCGUCAACGCCGUCAUUUUGCACAUUCCGACCGUCGUGUUGAUCUACGCCUCCAACUCGUCGCAUCCGGGACCGUUCAUCAAACCGUACUCGGUCUAUGAAAAGUUCCAGGUCAUUGUCUUCUUCGUGCAGGAAAUGACCAUAUCGGGGCUGUACAUCUGGGAGACGUCAAGGCUGCUGCGAAUUGCCGACGCGCUGGGUCACGAAAACAGCCGGACCAAGAUGAUGAGGAACCUGAUCGCCGUAAACGUCGGCGUCGCCCUUAUCGACGUCGCCAUCAUGGCCCUCGAGCUGGCAGACCUCUACAACCUCCAGACGAGCUACAAGGCCCUCUCGUACAGCGUGAAGCUCAAGCUCGAGUUCAGCAUCUUGAACCGCCUGGUCGACUUCGUACGGUCCCGAUCGAACAGCUCGAACCUCGGCAUGACGGAUCCUAGCGUCUCGGUCGAUAUGGAGAAUCUCAGCAGCCAGGGCAGCAGGCCCCAGCGGGUCACCUCGAGCGGCAUGGUAGUCAGACCCAUGAGCCGCCUCGAAGAGUCGACAACAAGAGACGAGAACUGCCCGGACUCGGACAGUGGUCCUGGAGUCCAUCGGGGCGGUGCUGGCUCACAGUCGGGAACAUAUCUGACGGCGGAUGGAAUGCGUGUACGUCGCGAUAGUGUGCGACGGGUGCAGACUCGAGACGACGCCGCGCCCUUUAAAGGUAUCGUCGGGGACAAAGCUUGGUCGCCGCAGUACCAGUACAGGCCGGAUGAUGAUAGUCCACAAUCUCAGGACCAGGGUCAGGGCGAGCAAACCCCCCCUCCUCGCCCGUGAAUUAAUUAAUUCAUCAAGUAUUUCCCCACUCACCAAGACUCGGAUUUGUUUCAAAACACGGUCCCCUUAUUUCAGUGAGGUUCCCUUGCGCGAUUGACGUGAUUCCCAACACCGGACCUCGCCACCAUCUCCCCGGCCCGCCGGCUUGGGUGCAAUAUCAGGAACUGAGCAGCCUGUAGAAAAUGCAUCUUCAUCAUCAUCCCUACACAGGCUAAAGCGGCUCUUAUCAAGGGGU